AUGCCAUUGGAUGCAAUGUCAUCUUCAACGCCGAUGUCGUCAACGACCACGCAAACUACGACUGUAAAAUUCGAGGACGUUGUAAAGCCUAAUGCCGUGGCGAACGAUACGGUCGUCACUUGGCAGGUUGGAGUGCAGGUCGAAGAGGAUGAAACGGAGAAACCAAAUACUGAAAGCGAGCAAACUGUUGUGACAGUUGCACCCGUGAACGCGGACUCUGCGCAAACAACAGCAGUGAUAAGGUUUGCUUUUGUACAAAUGCUUUUGCAACAACCCCUACCUUUCCUUUCUGAUGAGUUCACCUGCUUCUCUUCCCAAGCAUGAGC